AUGCUAAAAUUAUUAUCAUUGCUGAAAAAUUCUCAAUUGAUUAAUGAUUUAUCUUUAUGCGAUAAUAAAACAAAUUCAGUUAGUUUGGAUGUUUAAGAAAUAAUUAGUAAUUUCCUAUUUGGUCUUGUUACAUUAGCAAUAUUAAUGAUAUUGAUUUUCUUUAUUAUUAUCAUAAAUAAAUACAAGUUUAGCCAUGCUAAAAAAUUGUUCAAAUAAGAGUUUAUUAGUAAUAAAAAUGGUUUAGAGUAUAAUUCUAAGAUAUUUCUAAUAAAUGUAAUUUACUAAGCCUUCAUAUUUUUAUUCAUUAAGAGCCUUUGGAUUUAAAUUAGAAGUUUUUGGAUUUAUUGCAUAAACCGCUCGAUUAUAAUAGUAUUUUUAAAACUGAAUUAUGGUGAUAUUGCAAUAUUGUUCCAAGGUUUUUUAAUAUUAUCUAUUUAUAAUGAUACCUUAUAAUUGGGUUUAAGGCAAUAAUUAUAAAAGAAACCCAAAUGA